AUGCUUUGCUUUUCUCUUUGUCUCUUUUUGAGAAAAUUUAAUCGUCAACACUACAAUGGGUCAUCCAUGAAAGACAAGCUCCUAAGAAGAAUCACCAUUACGAUGGCAAAAGAUAGAGAUAAAUUCAUUGCAGAUGAACUCAAAGAAAUAAGAAAUCAAUGUGAAGGACUUGAAGGAAUUCAACUUGUCACUUGUGUGCCUGAUGCAGUUGCAAUGAUUAUAAAGAAAACAGAUUUCAAACAACUCAAACUUCGUUUGAUGUUCCCAUCCCAUUAUCCAAAUGAGCCAAUAAUUUCGGAAUUAAACAGUAAAACAUUAUCUGAAAAAUUACUUGAUGGCCUGCAGAAAGUCUGUGAUGAUGAAUGCAAAAAGUUUAUUGGGAAUGUCCAGGUAAUGAAAAUGCUGCAUUUUGUAAAUAAAUUCCUUGAAGACCACAAAUUGUGUGUUUGUAGCAGUGAGAUUGCAUAUGUAAAAAAGGAAUUGUUGAAAGACUGUGAUGAGGUUAAAUUACGGCAAAAAACAAGUCAAAUAAUCAUAAAAGCGCAACAAGAAAAAUAUUUCCUCAACUUUAAGCUCACCAUUCCAGAAGACUAUCCAAAGACUCAAGUACAGUUGGAAAUUAUCGAUCAUAAUUUCCCUGAGCUUUUAAAAGUGAACUUUGAGGCCCAAGCCGUUGAAUAUGCCAGACAAUGUGUCCAGCCACCUCUCAGAAAAAAACCUGGUGACCCUCCUUUUCAACCCAAGCCGUCCAUGUUGCCUGUAUGCAAGUAUCUUAUUGGUGAAUGUGUCAAAAACUAUCCCUUGCAGAAGUGCCCCAUGUGCUUCUGUUAUGUCCUUCCUCAAAAUCCUCCAGAAGAAGUUUCCAAAGAGAAACAGGUUGAACGAGUCUACUGUGGUCAUUUAUAUCAUCAUUCAUGUUUGGCUGCUUAUAUGAAGAAGCCACCUUUCAUAGGUGGCAAAAAAUGUCCUGCAUGUGGCAAACGGAUCUUUCAUGAAAAAUGGAAAAUCACUCCUGAAUUGGCUGAAGCCAGGUGGGCACAUAAACAAGCACGGGACAGAGAAUUAGAAGAAGUGAAAGACUUUAUGGCCUGA